GUGCUGUGAUUGGCCACACCUACAUGCUGACGCAGGACGAGGAGCUGUGGGCGAAGAAUCUGCCUCAGAAUGUUGAGACCCUCCUGGCCUCCACAAAGGACCCCCUGGCUGACCGCUCGGACCGCAGCAAGGAAGUGGAGGUGAAGGACCGGGACAAGACCAAGGUGGUGUCCUACAGGGUUCCCCACAACGCUGCCGUGCAGGUCUACGACUACAGGGAGAAGAAGGCCAGGGUGGUGUUUGGGCCAGAGAUGGUAAUGUUGGGUCCUGAUGAGCAGUUCACCGUGCUGUCCCUGUCAGGGGACAAGCCCAAGAGGGCCAACGUCAUCAAGGCCGUGUGUCUGCUGCUGGGGCCGGACUUCUUCACUGACAUCAUCACCAUAGAGACGGCCGACCACGCACGCCUGCAGCUGCAGCUCAGCUACAACUGGCACUUUGACCUGAAGUCUCCUGCGGACCCGUCCCAGGCUGCGGCUCUGUUCUCGGUGCCUGACUUUGUGGGGGAUGCCUGUAACGCCAUCGCCUCCCGCGUCAGAGGAGCCGUCGCCUCAGUGCAGUUUGACGACUUUCACAAGAACUCCAACCGGAUCAUCUGCUCCUCUGUGUUUGGCUUUGAUGACAAGCUGACUGUGCGUCCCAGCCUGCGCUUCCACCAGAACAGUCUGGUCAUCAGCAGUGUGGACAUCCAGUCAGUGGAGCCGGUAGACCAGAGGACCAGAGACGCCCUGCAGAAGAGUGUCCAGCUGGCCAUCGAGAUCCCCACCAACUCCCAGGAGGCUGCCGCACGCCAUGAGGCAGAGCGUCUCGAGCAGGAGGCGCGUGGUCGUCUGGAGAGGCAGAGGAUCACAGACCAGGCGGAGGCAGAGAGGACCAGGAAAGAGCUGUUGGAGCUGGAGGCCCUCAGUGCGGCGGUGGAGAGUACAGGGGCAGCCAAGGCAGAGGCCCAGUCCAGAGCAGAGGCAGCCCGUAUCCAGGGAGAGGCGGCAGUCAACGAGGCUAAACUGAAGGCUGAGGCCCAGAAGAUUGAGGCUGAGGGCGAGCUGGACCGUCUGUCCAAGGCGAGGGAGCAGGAGCUAAACUAUAAGUCAGCAAUGGAUCGUUUGGAAGUGGAGAAACAGCAGAAGCUGGCUGAGAUAGAGAGCAACCGCUUUAAAAAGCUGGUGGACAGUAUCGGCGCUGACACCCUGCAGGAGAUGGCCAGAGCCGGCCCCGAGCUACAGGUCAAGCUGCUCCAGUCUCUGGGUUUGAAGUCAACCCUGAUCACAGACGGCUCUUCUCCCAUCAACCUCUUCAGCAUGGCCAAUGGCCUUCUGGGAGCUCUUUCUCAGAGCCAGGGCCAGUGAGAGGGGGAAGAGAAAAGGAGGAGAACGUUGACAAUAAGAGAAUAAUGUCCAGUCUGAUAAUAUCCCCUACAGAUGCAGGAUUUCUGGUUGUUUUUUGUCUGAUGUAGUAACUGACAAUUAGGGAUAUGAUAUGUAUGACUGUACGGUUGCGAUUAUUCUGAUGUGUGCGCACAUAGAUGUGUAUCUGACUAAAGACGUCCAAGUGAACGUUCCCCUUGGUUUACAUGGCUUUUUUGCUCAUCUGUUUGGUGCCGUCGAUGCCCUAUAAAGUGCUGUCCACUCCAUGUGUUGCAUAUCUAUACUAACCAUAAUCCUGGAUAGUAAGGAAUCUUUCCUUGUUGUGCUUUUGAGGUUUAUGCAAAUGUGUUUAAUUCAUUUGUUGAUCCAUUUAUAGAUAUGGGUAUCAUAAGGUGAAUGCACCUAUUUGUAAGUCGCUCUGGAUAAGAGCGUCUGCUAAAUGACGUAAAUUUAUCAA